AUGAUGAUGGACAAGACCUUUGCCCUCAGAAGGGAAGAAGUUGUUGGAGAGGCACCAAUGAUUGCUGAUUUCAAAACACGGUGGCCAGCUCUCUUCAAUGUGCGCGAGGCGGACACCAUUGACAUCCGACGAGAAUGCGUCCUCAAAGGUCUUUGUGUCUACUUGAAUGAAGAUCCAGAGAAGCUGGUGAAGGAAUACAUGGCUGAUGACGAAGGCUCCGGAGCAGCUAUGGCAGAGACGGUCUUUGGAAUAUUUGUCAUCCGACAGGAAGGAGCCGGGCCUGCUGAUGACCCAGAGGAUGUUGGAAUCAUUCUGGAAGGGGUGGAGGUUUCCUACGCUCUAACAUCUGACUUAACAAACGUCCCAGAGUUUGUGGCUGUUUAUAUGGUUGAUGACGUUGAAAUCAUUCACUAUGACAGCAACAAGAAGAGAGCAGUGCCAAAACAAGACUGGGUGAACAACGUCACAGAAGACGACCCAAACUACUGGGAGAAGAGAACAGAGAGGAUGAAGGGAAAUCAUCUGUCCUUCAAAGCAAUUGUUGAGUCUGGACUGCAGCGUUUAAACAGCAGAGGAGGUCGUCACGUUGUCCAGGCAAUUUUAAGCUGUGACUGGGAUGAUGAAACAGAUGAAGUCAACACGUUCGUAAAAUUUGGUUAUGAGGGAGAAGAUUUCAUAUAUUUAGACCUGACGACACAGACCUGGAUCGCUCAAAGCCCACAGGCUGUUGUCAUCAAAGAAAAAUUGGAUAAUGACAAACCACUAUUUACUUAUUUUCAAAACUACCUUACGUUGCAAUGUCCUGAUGGACUGAAGAAGUUUCUGAACUAUGGAAGGAGCUCUCUGAUGAGAAAAGAUCUUCCCUCAGUGUCUCUCCUCCAGAAGACUCCCUCCUCUCCGGUCACCUGCCACGCUACAGGUUUCUACCCCGACAGAGCCCAGAUGUUCUGGAAGAAAGACGAGGAGGAGCUCCAUGAGGACGUGGUCAGAGGAGAGAUCCUCCCCAACCAUGACGGGAGCUUCCAGAUGAGCGUUGAUCUGGAUCUUUCAGGGCUCAAAGAUGAAGACUGGGGGAGGUACAGCUGUGUGUUUCAGCUGGCUGGAGGACAAGAGGACGUCCUCACACCACUGGACAAACGAAAACUGAUGACAAAUCAAGGAGACGGAUAA